CAUAGAACUUCUUCAAGUAAUCAACUGAAACAUAAAAUUGAAAUACAAAAUGUUCAAAUUCUUUGCUAUCUGCUUAUUUGCAAUUAUUGCUAGCGUUGCUGCCAAGCCAGCAUUAGUGGCUAGUCCAUUCGCAUACUCGGCCUAUUCAGCUCCAUUAGUUGCUGCUUCGCCUUACACUGCAGCAUACUCCGCCGCUUAUACUGCUCCUUAUGCAGCUGCAUACUCCGCAUAUCCUUAUUCUGCUGCAUACUCUGCUUAUCCUUAUUAUAUUAAACAAAAAUUAAACAAAAUGUUCAAAUUGUUCGCUGUCUGCAUGUUGGCUCUCUUCGCUGGUGCUUUGGGUGCUGCUAAGCCCGCUUUAUUAGCUGCUGCACCAGCCGCCGUUGCCUAUUCCGCACCUUUGGCGUACUCUGCACCAGUUGCUGCUGCUUACAGUGCACCAGUUGCUGCUGCUUACACUGCACCAGUUGCUGCUGCAUACACUGCACCUUUGGCUUACUCUGCACCAGUUGCUGCUGCUUACACCGCUGGUUAUGCUCCCUAUGUAGCACCGUAUGCUAGCAGCUACACUGCUCAUUCAGUACAACACUCUGCCGCUUUCCCAGCUGCCUAUGCUGCCGCUCCAGUAGUUGCUGCUGCUCCUGCCGCCUAUUCAGUUGCUUCAGCUGUGCCUGCCGCUUAUUCAGUUGCUCCAGCUGUGGCUUCCGCUCCUGUUGUUGCUGCUGCUCCAGCUGUAUAUUCCGCGGCUCCAGCUGUUGCUACUGUUGUAAAGAAAUAAUUUAUAGUUUUUAAUUAGGCAAUGACGGAUCGAUGAAUAAAAUA